UGUCCCUGGGCUGCCAGGCUCUUCUGCUGCAGCCUCCAUCUGGACAAUGUCUUCCUCUGAUGAAGAAACGCUCAGUGAGCGGUCGUGCCGGAGUGAGCGGUCAUGUCGGAGCGAGCGGUCUUACAGGAGCGAGAGGUCAGGGAGCCUGUCGCCAUGUCCUCCAGGGGACACCUUGCCCUGGAACCUACCACUGCAUGAGCAGAAAAAGCGGAAAAGCCAGGAUUCGGUACUGGACCCUGCAGAGCGUGCUGUGGUCAGAGUUGCUGAUGAACGGGACCGGGUUCAGAAGAAAACAUUCACCAAGUGGGUCAACAAGCACCUGAUGAAGGUCCGCAAGCACAUCAAUGAUCUUUAUGAAGAUCUGCGGGAUGGGCAUAACCUGAUCUCUCUGCUGGAGGUCCUUUCAGGCAUCAAACUGCCCCGGGAGAAGGGCAGGAUGCGUUUUCAUAGGUUGCAAAAUGUGCAGAUUGCUUUGGACUUCCUGAAGAAGCAACAGGUGAAACUGGUGAAUAUUCGUAAUGAUGAUAUCACAGAUGGCAACCCCAAGCUGACCCUGGGCCUGAUCUGGACCAUUAUUUUGCACUUCCAGAUCUCUGACAUCUACAUAAGUGGAGAGUCAGGGGACAUGUCAGCCAAGGAGAAGCUGCUCUUAUGGACCCAGAAGGUGACAGCUGGUUACACAGGAAUCAAAUGCACCAACUUUUCCUCCUGCUGGAGUGAUGGGAAGAUGUUCAAUGCACUCAUUCACCGGUACAGACCUGAUCUGGUAGAUAUGGAGAGGGUACACAUCCAAAGUAACCGAGAGAAUCUGGAGCAGGCUUUUGAAGUAGCAGAAAGACUGGGGGUCACCCGGUUACUGGAUGCAGAAGAUGUGGAUGUGCCAUCUCCAGAUGAAAAAUCUGUUAUCACUUAUGUGUCUUCGAUUUAUGAUGCCUUCCCUAAAGUCCCUGAGGGUGGAGAAGGGAUCAGUGCAACGGAAGUAGACUCCAGGUGGCAAGAAUACCAAAGCCGGAUAGACUCCCUUAUACCGUGGAUCAAACAGCACACAAUACUGAUGUCAGAUAAAUCUUUUCCCCAGAACCCUGUUGAAUUAAAGGCACUUUAUAAUCAAUAUAUACACUUCAAAGAAACAGAAAUUCUUGCCAAGGAAAGAGAAAAAGGAAGAAUUGAGGAAUUGUAUAAAUUACUAGAGGUGUGGAUUGAAUUUGGCCGAAUUAAACUGCCUCAGGGUUAUCACCCUAAUGAUGUGGAAGAAGAGUGGGGAAAACUCAUCAUUGAGAUGUUGGAGCGAGAGAAGUCACUUCGGCCAGCUGUAGAGAGGCUGGAAUUGCUGCUACAGAUUGCAAACAAAAUCCAGAAUGGUGCUUUGAACUGUGAAGAAAAACUGACACUAGCUAAGAAUACACUGCAGGCUGAUGCUGCUCACCUGGAAUCAGGACAACCAGUACAAUGCGAGUCAGAUGUCAUCAUGUACAUUCAGGAAUGUGAAGGUCUUAUCAGGCAGCUGCAGGUGGAUCUCCAGAUCCUACGGGAUGAGAAUUACUACCAGCUAGAAGAGCUGGCUUUUAGGGUUAUGCGUUUGCAGGAUGAAUUGGUCACCUUGCGUCUAGAGUGCACAAAUCUGUACCGGAAGGGUCAUUUCACUACACUUGAAUUAGUUCCACCCUCUGCUUUAACCACUACUCAUCUGAAGGCAGAAGCUUUGACAAAGGGAACCCAUUCUUCUUCCUCCUGGUUCCGAAAACCCAUGACUCGGGCUGAACUUGUGUCUAUCUCCUCCUCUGAGGAUGAAGGCAAUCUCCGAUUUGUGUAUGAACUACUGUCUUGGGUGGAGGAGAUGCAGAUGAAACUGGAGCGAGCAGAAUGGGGUAAUGACUUGCCUAGUGUGGAGUUGCAGCUGGAAACACAGCAGCACAUCCAUACCAGUGUAGAAGAACUGGGCUCAAGUGUCAAAGAGGCCAGAUUGUAUGAGAGGAAAAUGUCUCAGAAUUUCUAUACCAGCUAUGUUGAAACUCUUGGGAAGCUGGAAACACAGUAUUGUAAAUUGAAGGAAACUUCUAGCUUCCGGAUGAGGCACCUUCAGAGCCUGCAUAAAUUUGUCUCCAGAGCUACAGCUGAGUUGAUCUGGUUGAAUGAGAAGGAGGAAGAGGAACUAGCAUAUGACUGGAGUGACAACAAUCCCAAUAUGUCAGCCAAGAAAAAUUACUUCUCCGAGUUGACAGUGGAACUAGAGGAGAAGCAGGAUGUGUUUCGGUCUCUACAGGAUACAGCAGAGCUGCUGUCCCUUGAGAACCACCCAGCCAAGCAGACUGUGGAGGCUUACAGUGCUGCUAUCCAGUCCCAGUUACAGUGGAUGAAGCAGCUGUGCUUGUGUGUGGAGCAGCAUGUGAAAGAGAAUACUGCUUACUUUCAGUUCUUCAGUGAUUCACGAGACUUGGAGUCAUUCUUAAAGAACCUCCAAGACUCCAUCAAACGAAAAUAUUCCUGUGACCAUACCACCAGCCUAUCCCGCCUUGAGGACCUGCUCCAGGACUCCAUGGAUGAAAAGGAGCAGCUUAUACAGUCCAAGAGUUCUGUUGCCAGUCUUGUUGGGAGAUCAAAAGCCAUUGUUCAGCUAAAGCCUCGCAGUCCAGACCAUGUGCUAAAGAGCACCAUUUCUGUAAAGGCCAUCUGUGACUAUCGGCAAAUUGAGAUCACUAUUUGCAAGAAUGAUGAGUGUGUGUUGGAAGAUAAUUCACAGAGGACCAAAUGGAAAGUGAUCAGCCCCACAGGAAAUGAGGCAAUGGUGCCAUCAGUCUGCUUCCUCAUCCCCCCACCCAAUAAAGAUGCUGUUGAGAUGGCCAGCAGGGUGGAGCAGUCUUAUCAGAAGGUAAUGGCCCUUUGGCACCAGUUACAUGUUAACACCAAAAGCCUUAUUUCCUGGAACUAUCUGCAGAAGGACCUUGACAUUGUACAGAGCUGGAACCUGGAAAAGCUUCGAUCUUUAGCACCUGGGGAGUGCCACCAGGUCAUGAAGAAUCUCCAGGCCCACUAUGAAGACUUUCUUCAGGACAGCCGUGACUCUACACUCUUCUCAGUGGCUGACCGCUUACGCAUAGAAGAGGAGGUGGAUGCUUGUAAAGCACACUUCCAGCACCUGAUGAAGUCUAUUGAGAAUGAGGACAAAGAGGAGACAGUGGCCAGGAUGUACAUUUCAGAGCUAAAGAAUAUCCGACUGCGCCUGGAAGAGUGUGAACAGAGGCUGGUCAAGCGAAUUCAGUCCCUGAGUAGUUCCAGAACCAACGAGGAUGCCCGGCAGGACAAUGCAUUAAGGAUUGCAGAGCAAGAGCACACCCAGGAAGAUUUGCAUCAACUGAGGUCAGACUUGGAUGAUGUUUCCAUGAAAUGUAACACCUUUCUUCAUCAGUCUCCAUCUGGUUCUAGUGCCCCAGCUCUGCGAUCAGAACUCAAUCUGUUGGUAGAGAAGAUGGACCAUGUAUAUGGUCUCUCUACUGUCUAUCUGAAUAAGCUAAAGACAAUCGAUAUUAUAGUACGUAGCAUACAGGAUGCUGAACUCUUGGUCAAAGGUUAUGAAAUCAAGUUGAGUCAAGAAGAAGGAGUACCAGCAGAUCUCUCAGCUCUGGAGUCCCAUCGGUCUACAUUAUGGCAUUGGCUUAGUGAUGUGAAGGACAAGAAUUCAGUGUUUGCAGUCCUGGAUGAGGAAAUUGCCAAGGCCAAGGUAGUGGCAGAGCAGCUGAGUCGUCUGACACCGGAGCAAAACCUGGAUUUGGAGCGCUAUCAGGAAAAAGGCUCCCAACUUCAGGAACGUUGGCACCGGGUCAUUAGUCAGAUCGAGACCCGCCAAUCUGAACUAGAAAGUAUCCAGGAAGUUCUGGCAGAAUACCGAGCUUCCCAUGGAACUCUCAUCCAGUGGAUUGAGGAAACCACUGCCCAACAGGAAAUGAUGAAACCAGGCCAGGCAGAGGAUAGCCGAGUGCUAUCAGAGCAGCUCAGCCAGCAGACGGAUCUGUUUGCAGAAAUUGAGAGAAAUCAGACAAAACUGGACCAAUGUCAGAAAUUUUCCCAGCAGUACUCCACCAUUGUAAAGGACUAUGAAUUACAACUGAUGACAUAUAAGGCCUUUGUGGAAUCGCAGCAGAAAUCCCCUGGCAAGCGCCGUCGUGUGCUUUCCUCUUCAGAUGCCAUCACACAAGAGUUCAUGGACUUAAGGACUCGCUACACAGCAUUGGUCACCUUAACAACUCAGCACGUGAAAUACAUCAGUGAUGCACUCCGGAGGCUAGAGGAGGAGGAGAAAGUGGUAGAAGAGGAAAAACAAGAACAUGUAGAGAAAGUUAAAGAACUUUUGGGCUGGGUGUCUACCCUAGCAAGGAAUACACAAGGAAAGACUACCUCAUCCCAGACUAAAGAGUCAACAGACAUUGAAAAGGCUAUUUUGGAACAGCAGAUUCUAGCAGAGGAGUUGACGACCAAGAAAGAACAAGUCUCUGAGGCCAUCAAAACUUCACAGAUCUUCUUGGCCAAGCAUGGUCAUAAGCUCUCAGAAAAAGAGAAGGAACAGAUAUCUGAGCAGUUGAAUGCCCUGAAUAAUGCUUAUCAUGACCUUUGUGAUGGUUCAUCAAACCAGCUUCAACAGCUUCAGAGCCAGUUGGCCCAGCAGACAGAACAAAAGACCCUGCAGAAACAACAGAAUACAUGUCACCAGAAACUGGAGGAUCUUUGCAACUGGGUAGGACAGGCGGAAAGGACUUUGAUGGGCCACCAAGGCAGAGCCACCCAACAGGACCUGUCUACCUUACAGAAAAACCAAAGUGACUUGAAGGAUUUACAGGACGACAUUCAGAAUCAUGCCACCUCAUUUGCCAGUGUUGUCAAAGACAUUGAAGGGUUCCUGGAAGAGAACCAGACCAAGCUGAGCCCCCAUGAGCUGACAGAUCUUCGGGAAAAACUUCAACAGGCUAAAGAGCAACAUGAGGCUCUCCAGGGUCGAACACGGGUGGCCCAGAAGGAACUGGAGGAAGCAGUGACCUCAGCCUUACAGCAGGAGACUGAAAAGAGUAAAGCAGCAAAGGAACUGGCAGAGAACAGGAAUAAGAUUGAUGCUCUCUUGGACUGGGUAACUUCGUUGGGAUCAUCUGGUGGACAGCUGUCGGCCAGUCUUCCAAGAAUGGAGCAGAUCUUGGGAGCUGGCCUGGGAAAAGGAACCUUGGAUGCCACUGAUGGUCACAAAGGGGUGAACAAAGCCCCAGAGAAGCUGGACGAGCAAUAUGAGAAGAUAAAGGCUCAUCACCAAGAAUUGCUAUCCCAGCAACAAAAUUUCAUCCUGGCCACCCAGUCAGCUCAGGCCUUCUUGGACCAGCAUGGUCACAAUCUCACACCUGAGGAACGGCAGAUGUUGCAGGAGAAACUGGGAGAGCUAAAGGUACAGUAUGCAACUUCCCUGACCCAGUCAGAGGCAGAGCUGAAGGGAGUGCAGAGCCUUCGAGAUGAGUUGCAGAAGUUUCUGCAGGAUCAUAGAGAGUUUGAAAACUGGCUGGAACGGUCUGAGAAAGAACUGGAGAACAUGCAUAAGGGAGACAGCAGCCCUGCAGCACUUCCCUCUCUGUUGAAGCGGCAGGGGAGCUUUUCAGAGGACGUGAUUUCCCACAAAGGAGACUUGAGAUUUGUGACUAUAUCUGGACAGAAGGUCUUGGACACAAAAAACAGUUUUGAGAAAGGCAGUGAACCAUCAGCAACUGGAAACUUGGUGAAGGAGAAGCUGAGGGAUGCAACAGAAAGAUACACUGCUCUCCAUUCAAAGUGUACACGGCUGGGUUCUCACCUGAACAUGUUGUUAGGCCAGUAUCAGCAAUUCCAGAGCAGUGUGAACAGCCUGCAGGCCUGGAUGAAGACUUGUGAGGCCAAUGUGGAGAGGCUCCUGUCAGAAACUGUUGCCUCUGACCCUGGUAUCCUACAACAGCAGCUUUUAACAACAAAGCAGUUGCAGGAGGAAUUGGCUGAGCACCAAGUACCUGUAGAAAAGCUUCAAAAAGUAGCUCAUGACCUCAUGGAAAUUGAAGGUGUGCCAGCUCCAGACCACAAAUAUGCUCAAGAAACUACAGAUUCCAUACUCAGCCGUUUCCAGAGCCUUUCUUGUAAUCUGGCUGAGCGCUCUGCUCUGCUGCAGAAGGCAAUUGCCCACUCUCAGAGUGUUCAGGAAAGCCUAGAGAGCUUAUUGCAGUCCAUUGGGGAAGUGGAAAGAAACCUGGGAGGGGAACAGGUGACAUCACUCUCAUCAGGAAUCAUCCAAGAAGCCCUGGCCACUAAUAUGAAAUUGAAGCAGGACAUUGCUCGGCAAAAGAGCAGUUUGGAGGCCACUCAUGAGAUGGUGACCCGAUUCAUGGAGACAGCAGACAGCACCACAGCAUCAGUGCUGCAGGGCAAACUGGCGGAGGUGAGCCAACGCUUUGAACAGCUCUGUCUACAGCAACAAGAAAAGGAGAGCUCCCUAAAGAAUCUUCUGCCCCAGGCAGAGAUGUUUGAGCAUCUUUCUGAAAAGCUGCAGCAGUUCAUGGAAAACAAAACUCGGAUGCUGGCCUCUGGAAAUCAGCCAGAUCAAGAUAUUGCACAUUUUUUCCAACAGAUCCAGGAGCUCAAUUUGGAAAUGCAAGACCAACAGGAGAACCUGGAUACUCUUGAGCACCUGGUUACUGAACUUAGCUCCUGUGGUUUUGUACUGGACCUAUCCCAGCACCAGGAUAGGGUGCAGAAUCUCAAAAAGGACUUCACAGAACUACAGAAAACAGUCAAAGAAAGAGAGGAAGAUGCGUCAUCUUGCCAGGAGCAAUUGGAUGGAUUCAGAAAGUUAGUUAGGACCUUCCAGAAAUGGCUUAAGGAAACUGAAGAGAGUAUUCCACCUACAGAGACUUUCAGGAGCACUAAAGAACUGGAAAAAGAGAUUGAACACCUGAAGAGUCUCCUAGAUGACUGGGCAAGUAAGGGAACCCUGGUGGAAGAAAUUAAUUGCAAAAGCACUUCUUUAGAAAAUCUCAUCAUGGAGAUCACAGCACCUGAUUCCCAAGCCAAGACAGGUUCCAUACUGCCCUCUGUAGGAAGCUCUGUAGGCAGUGUAAACGGAUACCACACCUGCAAAGAUCUGACGGAAAUCCAGUGUGACAUGUCAGAUGUAAACUUGAAGUAUGAAAAAUUGGGCGGAGUACUUCGGGAACGCCAGGAGAGCCUUCAGGCUGUGCUCGGCAGAAUGCAGGAAGUUCAGAAGGAGGCAAGCUCGGUGCUACAAUGGCUGGAAUCAAAAGAGGAAGUCCUGAAAGCCAUGGAUGCCUCUUCUUCUCCAACCAAAACAGAAACAGUGAGAGCCCAAGCUGAAUCUAAUAAGGCCUUCCUGGCAGAGUUGGAACAGAACUCUCCAAAGAUCCAAAAAGUAAAAGAAGCCCUGGCUGGAUUACUAAUGACAUAUCCCAGCUCACAAGAAGCAGAAAAUUGGAAGAAAGUGCAAGAGGAGCUCAAUUCCCGAUGGGAAAGGGCCACUGAGGUGACUGUGGCUCGGCAAAGGCAGCUAGAGGAAUCCGCAAGCCAUCUGGCCUGCUUCCAGGCCGCAGAAUCCCAGCUCCGGCCCUGGCUGAUGGAGAAAGAACUGAUGAUGGGAGUGCUAGGACCCCUGUCUAUUGACCCCAAUAUGCUGAAUGCACAAAAGCAGCAGGUCCAGUUUAUGCUGAAGGAAUUUGAAGCACGCAGGCAACAGCAUGAGCAGCUGAAUGAGGCAGCUCAGGGCAUCAUAACAGGCCCUGGAGAUGUGUCUCCAUCCACGAGCCAAGUACAGCAGGAACUCCAGAGCAUCAAUCAGAAGUGGGUUGAGCUGACAGACAAGCUUAAUUCCCGUUCCAGCCAAAUUGACCAAGCUAUUGUCAAAAGCACUCAGUACCAGGAAUUGCUCCAGGACUUAUCAGAGAAGGUGAAGGCAGUUGGACAGCGGCUGAGUGGCCAGUCAACCAUCAGCACCCAACCUGAGGCUGUAAAACAGCAGUUGGAGGAGACCAGUGAGAUUAGAUCUAACUUGGAGCAAUUAGACGAUGAGAUUAAGGAAGCCCAGACACUGUGCAAUGAACUCUCAAUGCUCAUUGGUGAGCAGUACCUCAAGGAUGAGCUGAAGAAGCGUUUGGAAACUGUUGCUCUGCCUCUCCAAGGUUUAGAAGAUCUUGCAGCCGAUCGCAUGAACAGACUCCAGGCAGCUCUUGCCAGCACUCAGCAGUUCCAGCAAAUGUUUGAUGAGCUAAAGACCUGGUUGGAUGACAAACAAAGCCAGCAAGCAAAACACUGCCCAGUUUCUGCAAAAUUGGAACAGUUACAGUCUCAGCUUCAGGAGAAUGAAGAGUUUCAAAAGAGCCUUAACCAGCACAGUGGUUCCUAUGAGGUGAUUGUUGCUGAAGGAGAAUCUCUGCUUCUUUCUGUGCCUCCUGGAGAAGAGAAAAGGACUUUACAAAACCAGUUGAUUGAGCUCAAAAACCAUUGGGAAGAGCUUAGUAAAAAAACUGCAGACAGACAAUCCAGGCUCAAGGAUUGUUUGCAGAAAGCUCAGAAAUAUCAGUGGCAUGUGGAAAACAUCGUGCCAUGGAUAGAGGACUGUAAAGCCAAGAUGUCUGACCUGCGGGUCACUCUGGAUCCAGUGCAGCUAGAGUCCAGUCUGCUAAGAUCAAAGGCUAUGCUGAAUGAGGUGGAAAAGCGCCGCUCCCUGCUGGAAAUACUGAAUAGUGCUGCUGACAUCCUUAUCAAUUCUUCUGAAACAGAUGAGGAUGAUAUCCGGGAUGAGAAAGCUAGAAUUAACCAGAACAUGGAUACUAUUACAGAAGAACUACAGGCCAAAACAGGGUUGCUUGAAGAAAUGACUCAGAGGCUGAAGGAGUUCCAAGAAAGCUUUAAGAAUAUUGAAAAGAAGGUUGAAGGGGCCAAACACCAACUUGAGAUCUUUGAUGCUUUAGGCUCUCAAGCCUGUAGCAACAAGAAUCUGGAAAAGCUAAGAGCUCAACAGGAAGUGCUACAGGCCCUGGAGCCUCAGGUGGACUAUCUGAGGAACUUCACUCAGGGCCUGGUAGAAGAUGCUCCAGAUGGAUCUGAUGCUUCCCAACUUCUACAUCAAGCCGAGGUCACUCAGCAAGAGUUCCUAGAAGUGAAGCAAAGAGUGAACAUUGGUUGCAUGAUGAUGGAGAAUAAGUUGGAGGGGAUUGGCCAGUUUCACUGCCGAGUCCGAGAGAUGUUUUCUCAGUUGGCAGACCUGGACGAUGAGCUUGAUGGCAUGGGUGCUAUCGGGAGAGACACUGAUAGCCUCCAAUCCCAAAUUGAGGAUGUUCGGCUGUUCCUUAACAAAAUCCAAGUUCUCAAGUUAGAUAUAGAGGCCUCUGAAGCUGAGUGCCGACAAAUGCUGGAAGAAGAGGGAACUCUGGACUUGUUAGGUCUCAAGAGGGAGCUAGAAGCCCUGAGCAAACAGUGUGGUAAACUGACAGAGAGGGGAAAAGCUCGUCAGGAACAGCUCGAGCUGACCUUGGGUCGAGUAGAGGACUUCUAUAGAAAAUUGAAAGUACUCAAUGACAUGACCACAGCAGCUGAGGAGGGAGAGGCCCUCCAGUGGAUAGUAGGGACAGAAGUGGAUGUCAUCAACCAGCAAUUAGCAGAUUUUAAAACAUUUCAGAAAGAACAAGUGGAUCCCCUGCAGAUGAAAUUGCAGCAGGUGAAUGGACUUGGCCAGGGAUUGAUUCAGAGUGCGGGGAAAAACUGUGACGUGCAGGGUUUGGAGCAUGACAUGGAAGAGAUCAAUGCUCGCUGGAAUACACUGAAUAAAAAGGUUGCACAAAGAAUUGCACAACUGCAGGAGGCUUUGUUGCAUUGUGGGAAGUUUCAAGAUGCCUUGGAGCCAUUGCUCAGCUGGUUGGCAGACACAGAGGAGCUCAUAGCCAAUCAGAAACCUCCAUCUGCUGAGUAUAAAGUGGUGAAAGCACAGAUCCAAGAACAGAAGUUGCUCCAGCGGCUUCUAGAUGAUCGAAAGGCCACAGUAGACAUGCUUCAAGCAGAAGGAGGCAGAAUAGCCCAAUCAGCUGAGCUGGCUGAUAGAGAGAAAAUUACUGGACAAUUGGAGAGUCUAGAAAAUAGAUGGACUGAACUACUCAGCAAGGCAGCAGCCAGGCAAAAACAGCUGGAAGAUAUCCUGGUUCUGGCCAAACAAUUCCAUGAGACAGCUGAGCCUAUUUCUGACUUCUUAUCUGUCACAGAGAAAAAACUUGCUAACUCGGAACCUGUUGGCACUCAGACUGCCAAAAUUCAACAACAGAUUGUUCGGCACAAGGCUCUGGAGGAAGAAAUAGAAAGCCAUGCAACAGAUGUGCACCAGGCAGUCAAAAUUGGGCAGUCCCUCUCCUCCCUGACGUGUUCUGCAGAACAGGGUGUGCUUUCAGAAAAGCUAGACUCGUUGCAGGCCCAAUACAGUGAGAUUCAAGACCGGUGCUGCCGGAAAGCAGCCCUGCUUGAACAAGCACUAUCUAAUGCUAGACUGUUUGGUGAGGAUGAGGUGGAGGUGCUCAACUGGCUGGCUGAGGUUGAGGACAAGCUCAGUUCAGUGUUCGUAAAGGAUUACAGACAGGAUGUCCUGCAGAAACAGCAUGCUGACCACUUGGCUUUAAAUGAGGAGAUUGUUAAUAGAAAGAAGAAUGUAGAUCAAGCUAUUAAAAACGGUCAGGCUCUUCUAAAACAAACCACAGGAGAAGAGGUAUUGCUUAUCCAGGAGAAACUGGACGGUAUAAAGACUCGCUACACGGACAUCACAGUCACUAGCUCCAAGGCCCUCAGAACUUUAGAGCAAGCCCGGCAGCUGGCCACCAAGUUCCAGUCUACUUACGAGGAACUGACUGGGUGGCUGAGGGAGGUGGAGCAAGAGCUGGCAACCAGUGGAGGACAGUCUCCCACAGGGGAGCAGAUACCCCAGUUUCAGCAAAGACAGAAGGAAUUGAAGAAGGAGGUCAUGGAGCACAGGCUAGUGUUGGACACAGUAAAUGAGGUGAGCCGUGCUCUAUUAGAGCUCGUGCCUUGGAGAGCCAGAGAAGGGCUGGAUAAACUUGUGUCUGAUGCCAAUGAGCAGUACAAGCUGGUCAGUGACACUGUUGGACAAAGGGUGGAUGAAAUUGAUGCCGCUAUUCAGAGAUCACAACAGUAUGAGCAAGCUGCUGAUGCAGAGCUAGCAUGGGUUGCUGAAACAAAACGGAAACUGAUGGCCCUUGGUCCAAUCCGCCUGGAGCAAGACCAAACCACAGCUCAGCUGCAGGUACAGAAGGCUUUCUCCAUUGAUAUCAUUCGACACAAAGAUUCAGUGGAUGAGCUCUUCAGUCAUCGUGGUGAAAUCUUUGGCACAUGUGGGGAGGAACAGAAAGCUAUAUUACAGGAAAAGACAGAAUCUCUAACACAGCAAUAUGAAGCCAUAAGCCUACUGAAUUCAGAGCGUUAUGCCCGCCUAGAGCGGGCACAGGUUUUGGUGAAUCAGUUUUGGGAAACUUACGAGGAACUCAGCCCCUGGAUUGAGGAAACUCGGGCACUAAUAGCACAAUUACCUCCUCCAGCUAUUGAUCAUGAGCAGCUCAGGCAGCAACAAGAGGAAAUGAGGCAACUAAGGGAAUCCAUUGCUGAACAUAAACCUCAUAUUGAUAAGCUACUGAAGAUAGGUCCACAACUAAAGGAGCUAAACCCUGAGGAGGGGGAAAUGGUAGAAGAAAAAUACCAGAAAGCAGAAAACAUGUAUGCCCAAAUAAAAGAGGAGGUGCGCCAGCGGGCUCUGGCUCUGGAUGAAGCUGUUUCCCAGUCUGCUCAGAUUACGGAGUUUCAUGAUAAAAUUGAGCCCAUGUUGGAGACUCUGGAGAAUCUUUCCUCUCGCCUGCGCAUGCCACCAUUGAUCCCUGCUGAAGUAGACAAGAUUAGAGAGUGCAUCAGUGACAAUAAAAGUGCCACCAUGGAGCUAGAAAAACUACAACCUUCCUUUGAGGCCCUGAAACGCCGUGGAGAAGAGCUCAUUGGGCGAUCUCAGGGAGCUGACAAGGAUCUGGCUGCAAAAGAGAUCCAGGAUAAAUUGGAUCAAAUGGUAUUCUUCUGGGAGGAUAUCAAAGCUCGGGCUGAAGAGCGAGAAAUUAAAUUCCUUGAUGUCCUUGAGUUAGCAGAGAAGUUCUGGUAUGACAUGGCGGCUCUCUUGACCACCAUCAAAGACACCCAGGAUAUUGUCCAUGAUUUGGAAAGCCCAGGCAUUGACCCAUCCAUUAUCAAACAACAGGUUGAAGCUGCUGAGACUAUUAAGGAGGAGACAGAUGGUCUACAUGAGGAGCUGGAGUUUAUUCGAAUCCUUGGAGCAGAUUUGAUUUUUGCCUGUGGAGAAACUGAGAAGCCCGAGGUGAAGAAGAGCAUUGAUGAGAUGAAUAAUGCCUGGGAGAACUUAAACAAAACAUGGAAAGAGAGGCUAGAAAAGCUUGAGGAUGCUAUGCAAGCUGCUGUGCAGUAUCAGGACACCCUACAGGCUAUGUUUGACUGGCUAGAUAACACUGUGAUUAAACUCUGCACCAUGCCCCCUGUUGGCACUGACCUGAACACUGUUAAAGAUCAGUUAAAUGAAAUGAAGGAGUUCAAAGUGGAAGUUUAUCAACAACAAAUUGAGAUGGAGAAGCUCAAUCACCAGGGUGAACUGAUGUUAAAGAAAGCUACUGAUGAAACAGACAGGGACAUUAUACGAGAACCAUUGACAGAACUGAAACACCUCUGGGAAAACCUGGGUGAGAAAAUUGCCCAUAGACAGCAUAAGCUGGAAGGUGCUUUGUUGGCCCUUGGUCAGUUCCAGCAUGCCUUAGAGGAACUAAUGAGUUGGCUGAUUCACACUGAAGAGUUGUUAGAUGCUCAGAGACCAAUAAGUGGAGACCCAAAAGUCAUUGAAGUUGAGCUUGCAAAGCACCAUGUUCUCAAAAAUGAUGUUUUGGCCCAUCAAGCCACAGUGGAAACAGUCAACAAAGCUGGCAAUGAGCUUCUUGAAUCUAGUGCUGGAGAUGAUGAUGCCAGCAGUUUAAGGAGCCGUUUGGAAACUAUGAACCAGUGCUGGGAGUCAGUGUUACAAAAAACAGAGGAGAGGGAGCAGCAGCUUCAGUCGACACUACAGCAGGCCCAAGGUUUCCACAGUGAAAUUGAAGAUUUCCUCUUGGAACUGACUGGAAUGGAGAGCCAGCUUUCUGCAUCUAAGCCUACAGGAGGACUUCCCGAAACUGCUAGAGAACAGCUUGAUACACAUAUGGAGCUCUAUUCCCAACUGAAAGCGAAGGAAGAGACUUACAAUCACCUGCUUGACAAAGGCAGACUUAUGCUUCUAAGCCGGGAUGAGUCUGGGUCUGGCUCAAAGACAGAACAGAGUGUAGCACUCUUAGAACAGAAGUGGCAUGUGGUCAGCAGUAAGAUGGAAGAAAGAAAGUCAAAACUGGAAGAAGCCCUCAGCCUGGCAACAGAAUUCCAGAAUUCCCUACAAGAGUUUAUCAACUGGCUCACUCUAGCAGAGCAGAGUUUAAACAUCGCUUCUCCUCCCAGCCUUAUUCUAAACACCGUCCUUUCCCAGAUAGAGGAGCACAAGGUUUUUGCUAAUGAAGUAAAUGCUCAUCGAGACCAGAUAAUUGAGCUGGAUCAGACAGGAAAUCAGUUAAAGUUCCUUAGCCAAAAACAGGAUGUUGUUCUGAUCAAGAAUUUGUUGGUUAGUGUCCAGUCUCGGUGGGAGAAAGUUGUCCAGCGUUCUAUUGAAAGAGGGAGAUCAUUAGAUGAUGCCAGGAAGCGGGCAAAACAAUUCCAUGAAGCUUGGAAGAAACUGAUUGACUGGCUAGAAGAUGCAGAGAGUCACCUGGACUCAGAACUGGAGAUAUCCAAUGACCCAGACAAAAUUAAACUUCAGCUUUCUAAGCACAAGGAGUUUCAGAAAACUCUUGGUGGCAAACAGCCUGUGUAUGAUACCACAAUCAGAACUGGUAGAGCACUGAAAGAAAAGACUUUGCUUCCUGAUGAUACUCAAAAACUUGACAACUUACUGGGAGAAGUCAGAGACAAAUGGGAUACUGUUUGUGGCAAGUCUGUGGAGCGGCAGCACAAGUUGGAGGAGGCCCUACUGUUUUCGGGCCAAUUCAUGGAUGCUUUACAAGCCCUGGUAGACUGGUUGUAUAAGGUGGAGCCACAGCUGGCCGAGGACCAGCCUGUGCAUGGGGACCUUGACCUCGUCAUGAACCUCAUGGAUGCUCAUAAGGUUUUCCAGAAAGAACUGGGGAAGCGAACAGGAACUGUUCAGGUACUGAAGCGGUCAGGCCGAGAGCUGAUUGAGAAUAGUCGAGAUGAUACCACUUGGGUAAAGGGGCAGCUCCAGGAACUGAGCACUCGCUGGGACACUGUGUGUAAACUCUCUGUUUCCAAACAAAGCCGACUUGAGCAGGCCUUGAAACAGGCGGAAGAGUUUCGAGACACAGUCCACAUGCUGCUAGAGUGGCUUUCUGAAGCAGAGCAAACACUUCGCUUUCGGGGAGCACUUCCUGAUGACACAGAAGCCCUGCAGUCGCUCAUUGACACCCACAAGGAAUUCAUGAAGAAAGUGGAAGAAAAGCGAGUGGAUGUUAAUGCAGCAGUAGCCAUGGGGGAGGUCAUCCUGGCUGUCUGCCACCCCGAUUGCAUCACUACCAUCAAACACUGGAUCACUAUUAUCCGAGCUCGGUUUGAGGAGGUCCUAACAUGGGCUAAGCAGCACCAGCAGCGUCUUGAAACAGCCUUGUCAGAAUUGGUGGCUAAUGCUGAGCUCUUGGAAGAACUUCUGGCAUGGAUCCAGUGGGCUGAAACCACCCUCCUUCAGCGGGAUCAGGAGCCAAUCCCUCAGAACAUUGACCGAGUGAAAGCCCUUAUUGCUGAGCAUCAGAUGUUUAUGGAAGAGAUGACUCGCAAGCAGCCUGACGUGGAUCGGGUCACCAAGACAUACAAAAGGAAAAAUGUAGAACCUACCCAUGCACCUUUCAUCGAGAAAUCCCGCAGUGGUAGCAGGAAGUCCUUAAAUCAGCCCACACCUCCUCCCAUGCCAAUCCUCUCACAAUCUGAAGCUAAAAACCCACGAAUCAACCAGCUGUCUGCCCGCUGGCAACAGGUCUGGCUGUUAGCACUGGAGCGACAGCGGAAGCUGAAUGAUGCCUUGGACAGACUGGAGGAGUUAAAGGAAUUUGCCAACUUUGACUUUGAUGUUUGGAGGAAAAAGUAUAUGCGUUGGAUGAAUCACAAAAAAUCUCGGGUAAUGGAUUUCUUUCGGCGAAUUGACAAGGACCAGGAUGGGAAGAUAACACGUCAGGAAUUUAUCGAUGGCAUUUUAGCAUCCAAGUUCCCUACCACCAAGUUAGAGAUGACUGCGGUGGCUGACAUUUUUGACCGAGAUGGAGAUGGCUAUAUUGAUUACUAUGAAUUUGUGGCUGCUCUCCAUCCCAACAAGGAUGCUUAUCGACCAACAACUGAUGCAGAUAAAAUUGAAGAUGAGGUCACAAGACAAGUGGCUCAGUGCAAGUGUGCAAAAAGGUUUCAGGUGGAACAGAUUGGAGAGAAUAAAUACCGGUUUGGGGAUUCUCAGCAGUUGCGGCUGGUCCGUAUUCUGCGCAGCACAGUUAUGGUCCGUGUUGGUGGAGGAUGGAUGGCCUUGGAUGAAUUUUUAGUGAAAAAUGAUCCUUGCCGAGCACGAGGUAGGACCAACAUCGAACUUAGAGAGAAAUUCAUCCUACCUGAGGGGGCGUCUCAGGGAAUGACCCCUUUCCGCUCACGUGGUCGACGAUCCAAACCAUCUUCCCGGGCAGCUUCUCCUACCCGCUCAAGCUCAAGUGCUAGUCAGAGUAACCAUAGUUGUACUUCCAUGCCAUCUUCUCCAGCCACCCCAGCCAGUAGCACCAAGGUUAUUCCAUCAACAGGCAGCAAGUUGAAACGACCAACACCAACUUUUCACUCUAGUCGAACAUCCCUUGCUGGUGAUACCAGCAAUAGUUCUUCCCCAGCCUCCACAGGUGCCAAGAGUAAUCGAGCAGACCCUAAAAAGUCAGCGAGUCGCCCCGGGAGUCGGGCUGGGAGUCGAGCCGGAAGUCGAGCCAGCAGCCGGCGAGGAAGUGAUGCUUCUGACUUUGACCUUUUAGAAACACAGUCUGCCUGUUCUGACACUUCAGAAAGUAGCACUGCAGGUGGCCAGGGCAACUCCAGGAGAGGGCCAAACAAACCUUCCAAAAUCCCAACCAUGUCUAAGAAAACCACCACUGCCUCCCCCAGGACUCCAGGUCCCAAGCGAUAACACUGUACAAGCACCCCUGAAGCCUCUGUCCACUUUGAAUUCUGCUCUAUAUGUUGGGUGUAUAUUUAUUCUGAAUGGGAGAAGUUAUAUUGUUAAAAGUGUAAGAGAAUAAUUGUGUUAUGAAGCUGCCUUAUUUUUUUUUCCCCCUUUUUUGUAAGUUACUAUUUUCAUGUGAAUAUUUAUGUAGAUAAAAUUUGCCUCCUGGUAACCCUGUAAUGAUAGGGCCCAGAAACGAAAUAUUUGAGAAAAACACAUGAAAAGGUCAAGAUGCAAAUGUGUAUUAAGAAAAGUGUCUAAAUAGGGUUGCUGCGCGGUGCAGGGUUAUAAACCUGCUUUAUCUUUUAGGAUUAUUCCUAAAUGCAUCUUCUUUAUAAACUUGACUUGCUAUCUCAGCAAGAUAAAUUAUAUUAAAAAAAAAAUAAGAAUCUUGCAGUGUUUAAGGAACUCUUUUUUUGUAAAUCACAGACCUCAAAUCGGCAAGAACUAAGGGGAGGGCACUUAUAACUGCUUUUUCCAUUGUUUUUAACGUUGUGUGAUUUUAGCUGAAGAGAGGGAACCUCAUCUAGUAACAUUUGCACAUAAUAAGCAAAAGAAGUUCAUUGCAAUACUGUCUCUGAGUACUGUCUCAAUACUGGGUGUUUAAAGGACAAAUAGCUGCUAGAAUUCAGGGGUAAAUGUAACUGUUCAGAAAAUGUCAGAACAUUGGGGUUUUUAAGAGUCAUGUGAUUCCCUAUCCAGCCUAGCCACCAAUACCUCCUGUGCUCUUUGGGACCCAGGCCCUUGGCAAAGGGAGGCUCCUUGGUGAUGGUGUGUAUUAUAGAUUUGUUGAUCUGCACUUUUUGCUCUUCAUUUAAAUGGUCGAUCAACUUCUCACAGACAGAGGAAUUCCAUGAACUUACCCUGAAAAUGUGGACAUAAGACAAAAACGCUUGUCCUUUAAAGGACUUCACCAGCACACCUGUUCACAAGUCCCGUUUGCUUCCGUCUUCUUUUGUGCGUAAUAAAGUCAACUGACCAAGUGACCAUGAAGAGGGGCUGUCUGGGGCUCCUGUUUUUUAGCUGCUGUUCCUCUUCAGCUCUGACCACGUUGCUGUGUGAUUAUCUCAAUUGGUUUUAAUUGAGGCAGAAACUGAAGCUCUACCAAUGAACUGUUUAAAAACAAGACACUUUUGUAUUAAAAUUGCUUGCAGUAACAAAUGUUUUGUAUUUCCUGAUUUUCUUCUCAGUCAUCACCUUAUAUAUAACAUGUUACUCUUGGGUAUAAUUGUGUUGUAAGUCUUAAAUACAUGAUUCAAAUCAAAAUACCUUGAUGGAUAAAUUACAGAGCUCAUUAAUAGUUUUUUUUU